GUUAAAGGGGUUCAGGGACGAGCAAACAGCAUCUGUGCUUUAAAAGGUUCAUCAGUGGAUCUGCCCUGCUCAGCUGAACAUCCCACUACAACCAUGAAAUGGUACACUGUGCAGCCGAUCGGAUCUACAUAUAUUCUGAAGAAACUCCCUGCAGAUGAUAGCCAUGUUAAGUACAACAUGUCGGAAGAAAGGAACUUCAACCUAACAAUCAGAGAUCUGACAGAGAGGGAUGAAAAUCUUUACUGCUGCAGCAGUAAAGAGGAUGCAGGAAAACCCAGAGAGAGUAAGCAAGGCAUGAUUGAGCUCCAUGUUGCAGACCUGCAGGUGAAGGUGAUUCCCUCCACAGAGGGACACACAGUAACACUGAUGUGCAGCACCAGCUGUCCUCUGACUGAAAACCCUGCAGCCUACAUCUGGUACAAGAACAGAGAGUUUCUCUAUGAGGACUGGUCUCCCUGGUACCAACAGCUGGUCAGCAGUGAGGAAGCAGUCACAUACUCCUGUGCUAUCAAAGGCUACGAGGACCUCAGAGCCCCUCAAGUCUCAGUGGAUUCUGUCACAUCAGCCUGCUUCAGUGUGACCUAUGCUAAAGGGAGAAUGUGUUCUUAUAAGAAGACAUCAGUGGAUGAGCCCUGCUCCAUCACAUAUCCAACAGGAGUGUAUGUUCAAAAGACUCAUGCAGCUGCAACAGGCCAUGUCAGACUGACCUGUAACACCAGCUGUCCUCAGACUCAUCUUCAGACUGCCUUUAAAGUGUACAAGAGCAGUAUCUCAGAGGGACAGAAUGAGAUAAUAACGAAUGUAGUUCCCAUCUCAUCUCCGGAAAGCUUCUCCUGUGCUGUAAAAGGCCUCAAGGAUCUACACUCUGCUGCAGUCUGUGCAGAGGAAAAGAAAUGUUGGACUGUGAAUCAUGUCAGCAGGAGAAUCUGUGCUGUUCAAGGAUCCUCAGUGAACAUUUCAAGUGAAUAUUCUCAUCCUGACAGCCAGCAGCCCCAGUCUAAAUCAUGGUAUAGAAUAAUCAGAAGUGUGGUGACAGAGGGUCAGAGAGUCACACUGACCUGCAGCACCAGCUGUCUUCUGAACACAGACUACACCUGGAACUUCAACAGUCGACCUCUGAACCUGCCAGAAAACCAAAACAAACACCUGAUUCUAGACCCAGUCAGCAGUCAGCAUGAAGGAAGGUACUCCUGUACAGUCAAAACUGGCAGAAGAACCAGUGGCUCAAGUGAAAAAACUCUGACUGUCCAAAAUACUAAAGUGAAACAAACAUCUGCUGCAGCUGCAGGAGUCGGUGCUGCUCUCCUGGUUUUAAUACUUCUUGCUGUCUUUUGCUGGAUUAGAAAGAAGAAUACGCCCAGCCAAUCUCCUCAGAGUGAAACCUCAAACAACUUGGAGCAGCUAAACCCUGGUCCUGUGUAUGACGAAAUCUCAGCUCAACCAACAGAGCAGGACGAUCAUCACUACAGCAGUGUCCUCUUCCAUCAGAAACACACAGAUCCUGUCUGCAGCACAGUCCAGCCACAUCAGGCCCGAGAACAAGAGCACGUCGCCUACGCUGCUGUCCACUUUAAAUCCAACAAAGCCCCCUGAGCACCAUGACCAGACAGUGGAUUCCUACAAAUUGUACAACACAGCAAACAAAACAUAAACAUGUUAACCCCACAUGACGGCACAGCAAACUGUUGCCAUGUUUACGGUUGGUGCCCUAAAAUGGCCGCCCGAGCUCUGUAUGAUGCCUCUCAAGGAGCGCGCUUUCAAUGCUACACUAGCUACAUUUCUAUGAAGGGUCAACCCUGUGUGGAUCAUUUUUUUAAACGAUGUAAAUAACCUAUGUAUUAAUAUAUUAAUACAUUUCCUGUCAGUCUUUCACAAAUGCUUUGUUUCUGCUGACAAAAAAAUAACUUACAGAGUAAAGGCAUGAAAGUGUGUUGUGGAGAAAAACAAAGGUACAAGUUUGGGUCCCAGACACAUAAGGCAGAUUUCAUCAUCACCAUGUUGUCACUGUAUUUUGCAAUUAGAGCCUGACCAAUAUAUUGGUCUAUAUUAACCUAUCAUAGAUAUAUCUGGGAUAUAUUGAUAUCCACCUAUAUGUUAUCAAAACUGUCCAUUACAAAUCUUUUUACACAACAUGAUGCAGAAUAAAAGGCCCUGGUAUAAUUCAUGAUUUACUGUUGUUUAUUGUGAUGGUGCACUCGUAAUAUUUAACAAUAAAGUUGAGCACAGCACGCACGCACCACUCUGUGAGAAUAGAGAAUAAAUGUUGUAAGAAUAGAUUCCAUAUUUUACAAGCAAACAGACCACAGAUCAGAUUCUUUGACAAACUUCUCACAAUCAAAAUUUGACAGUUUGAAAGCUCAAUUACUGGCAAGUGAAUCAGUCUAUCAAUUACAGUUAAAUGAGCCAUUUUAAUACUAUAAAAUCAUAGAAUUUAUAAAGAUGAAGUCAUUGGUGAA